GUGGACCAGCCCGGUCCGUUACAACCCACUUUUUUUUCUUUCUUCUUCUUCUCCUCCCUUCUGGUGCGCGAGGAAGAACUCAUGACAACCCUUCCAUAAAAAGUUGCGCGCAGCACCGUCGUUUUGUGGCGAGCAUGGCCGGCGGUUCGGUGUCGGAGUGCAAGGAGUACUUGUUCAAGGUGCUGGUGAUCGGGGAGCUGGGCGUGGGGAAGACGAGCAUCAUCAAGCGCUACGUGCACCAGCUCUUCUCGCAGCACUAUCGGGCCACCAUCGGCGUCGACUUCGCCCUCAAGGUCCUCCACUGGGACAGCAAGACGCUCGUCCGCCUGCAGCUCUGGGACAUCGCAGGUCAGGAACGCUUCGGGAACAUGACGCGGGUGUACUACAAGGAGGCGGUGGGGGCCUUCGUGGUGUUCGACGUGACCAGGGGCUCCACGUUUGAGGCCGUGUCCAAGUGGAAGCACGACCUGGACAGCAAGGUGAAGCUGGCCAACGGAAGUCCCAUCCCCUCGGUACUACUGGCCAACAAGUGCGACCAGAAGAAGGAGGGCUACAACAACACGACGCUCAUGGACAACUUCUGCAAGGAGGCGGGCUUCCUGGGCUGGUUCGAGACAUCCGCCAAGGACAACGUCAAUGUUGAUGAGGCGGCCAAAUUCCUGGUGGAGAACAUCUUGGCCAAUGACAAGGGCUUGCCGUACGAGGAGAGCAACGGAGACCGCAUCAAACUGGACCAGGAGACUGUGCCGGCGGAGAGCAAGCCGGGCUGCUGCUAACGCUCAAUACGUCCACGCUAACAGUCACACACACACACACGCACACACAAGUGCAAGCCAGGGUGGAAAUGUUUCGGGAAAGGACUGAGGCUCAUUUAACCUGCAGUUGUAUUUUUUUUUUUUUUUUAAUUCUUAAAUAGUAUAUUUCCCUAGAGCAAAAUGUUAUGUUGAUAGCCUCCAAAAUAGCUUCAGUCUCUAUCGGUCACCUCCAAAGCACUCUGUGUCUGUUUUCUCGACUGUUUUCCCCCACCACUAACAAUUAACCGCAGCCCCUAAAUACUUGAAGUUGGCUCAUCGGCCCUGGACUUUACCUGGCGACAAGGGCUGAGGCUAUUUUUCCAUUAUUAUGAUGGUGAUGAUUGAAUUAGACUACCUGCAGACUGCCUUUUUUUUGUGUGUUUGUGUUUUUAAGACUCUUUUGAGUGUUUUCCACUGUGUACACAGAAGGGCUAUAAAGCUUCUUUCUUUUUUGAAAUAUUUUAAAGUGCACUCUUGUUUAUGUCGCUCUAUAUUCAAUUUGACUCCUGCGCCACACAGUUAAGCAUUAACUGUUAUUGUGCUGUUUGUAUAGCUGUAAAAGUGAUUCAUGCAGCAGUUCUGACAUAUUUUGUUGUAUUUCCUCAAAUAAAUGUCUCUGCAAGUCAAUAAAUAAAUCCCCCUCCCUGACUGCUAUUUGAGGAAAUACUUAUUUUUUAAAAAAAAUUUAUUAUUUCAAUAAUACACAUGAUUUUGAACACUUUAAGCACAAACACUCUAUUUUAGGAAGCUCGGAGUGGAGAGAAUGAUAUAGUUGAAUUGUGGUAUGUGUGUUAAAAAUGCAUCACACUCAUGCAUUAUUUAAUGUCUGAGAUUAAACAAAUAAAAUAAAUAUAUUAUCUCCUUGUUAGGUUUACAUGUGAAAAUAUGGUGAAGCGAAUACAUAUUUUAACUGCUGUAUAUUGACUGCUGGUAUUGGUAAAUGUUUUCAUGAUGGCUAGAUUAAACUGUAUUUAUCUUGUGC